AUGCCGGUGCUUGCUCACCUUUUUCCUCCCACCAGGACGGACAAAGAAAAAUCACCUCCUUCACCACGACGAAAAAGGAGUGCAGCCGAUCUUCGUCGUUUCGUUACAACUUUUCUGCCCAACAUGGGCUCUAACAACCAAGUCAAUCACAAUCCUCAUCCAUCCUUGAACCUACUUGUUCUACUUCCAUCGGCUGCGCAUCUACAUCAAUUACCAGGACCUCCCCCUCGGCCUUCGCCCAUCUCCCGAAAAUCAAGCUCUGCCGUUAGCUCUCUUCAAAGCAUUCCUGCUGGACAACCGACUUCUGGAUUAGCAAGCGGAAGAACGAAUCAGGGUGAAAAUGGUCCAAGUCAAGCUAGUUUAACGAAUAGAAGAUUGAGCCUUGCAACUGGGAUUGGCAUAGGUGCAGGUCCAAUAAAUUAUACACCGACAGGCAACGAUGCAGAUUCCAUUUCACCCACUUCCACUCCUGCUCCUCCAACCCCAAACGGCGAGACAGCAUCGUCGGAGAGAACAUCAUCCAGUAUUCCUGCUUUUGGCUCGAAAUCAGUGUCGUCAACAACACCUUAUUCACCGCCAAUAUCGGGUGUACCUGCAUUUGGUACCAGGCGAUCCACAGGUACCGGUUCUAGGAUAUCCAGGAGACGACCUCAGACUGCGACUUCAGGAAUAGAAUCCAGUAUCGCACCCGCUUUGAUGGGUAUGGGUAUGGGUGGAGGUAGAUCAAGUUUGGCUGUCCCGGGCGGUAUGGCUCAUUCCUCAAGGACAAGACCAGGCUGGGAGGCGGAUGAAGUUGUUGGAACUUUAAGAGGAUGUGGAAUGGAAGUCACUGUCAUUAGACACGCUUCUCAUCUUCCAGCUCUAUUGGAUCCAUCAUCCACAUCCACAUUCGCAGCGCCAUCCAUAGCUCGAUCAUCCGAUCCUCAUGAACCUCUCACGCAAGUGAUCCUCGUUCCACUGAGCGACUCGCCAGCGUUCCCCUCGCUUUCGCUGCUUCUCCAACAAGGCACGACACCCACAGCCGUCUGUUUCCAACAAGAUUUGUUAGACAGAGCGAAACGAUCAGAAGACGAAUGGCUGCCUGGAGCUUUGGACCAGAUUCGAUCGAUAUCUCGAAUGCGGGAGACUGUCAGCAGACAUUCAAACUCAGCUAAUUCCAGUGCGACAAGUUUGAAUAUGCCUGCGGGAGGCACACCGGUGAUUAUCGCAUACUCUGCCAAUCCGUCCAUCACGCAAGUGGCCAUCAACGCUUGUAUCAGUGCGGGAGCUACGGGAGUCCUAAAACCACCUUAUGAGUUUGAUAUCGCUGAUUUGGUGAUGAAGAUGGUCACUGCUCAUCGAGAAGGAAGAUCUUUAUCCACGGUAAUAUCGCCUGGAGACGGCAGAGUUGCAUCCCCUCUUUCUCGAUCACCUGCGGGAACACCAUCAAGCGAAGAGACAACAGUGGUGCUUCCUCCCACGGCUUUGGACAUGGGAGCAGAACAUGAGGGUGAAAGAGUACUAGGUGCAGCUGUAUCAGGUGGACCUACUGCGCAUCGUAAAUCUUCAAGUGGAAGUUGGAACUCCGAGACAAAUCAUAGAUCUUCAGUCUCAGGUCUAGCUCGAAAACCCUCUGUUCAGAAUGCCAAUAAAGGUUCAAGUCGACUUUCACCUCUAUUAAACGAACCAUCUUCUUCUGCAAGUCUCGGUAAAUUCACUUUUCAACCUCUCCCAUCGGACUUCUCUUUACCUAAACCUUCCCAUUUCACUUUCUACAACACCGACUUCAAUCUCAGAAGAAGGAGUGUGGACAUUGGUGGACUAUCAUUAGCUCUGAAAAGAGCUUCGUUAGCGUAUGAAGAAUCAUCGAAUCAACCUAUCGGCACUACCCUGUCACAGAUCAAAGAAGGUUAUUCUUUCCCUCCUACCACUCCAACCAAGAAAUCAUCAGGUACUUCAAAAUCAGCAUUGACGGGUGCAGAUGAAGAAGGUGAAGGAACGGAAUUAGCAGAAUUACUCAGUGCAAUGUUCUGUCAUUCAAUGACAACGAUCGAAGUUCAAAUGGGUGAUUAUGAGGCCCUCUCGGCACCGCUAACUCAGGAACAUCGAGAAAAAUUGAUACAUGAUCUCUCAACGUGGAACUUCAAGCCGCAUAACUUACCAGAAGGCGAUUUGUAUAGAGUCGCAUGUCUGAUGUUUGAAUGUAUAUUGAGCUCGGAAGGAUUGAAGGAAUUACAAAUUGAGAGGGACCAAAUCAACCGUUUGCUUUUCGCUAUUCGAGCAAUCUAUCACCGACCGAAUCCUUAUCACAACUAUGUUCACGCCAUAGACGUACUUCAAGCGACAUACAUGUUCCUUGUUCAAAUCGGUGUUGCACCUCCUUUCUCUUACAUGCGAGAUUGGACCCCUCAGAAGCCUGCAUGGCAAAGAUCCGAUCAAUCUGAUAGAGAAAUCAGUGUUGGAACUAGAAGAGCAAGAGAAGUGAUGAGACCUCAAGAUGUUCUCGGUGUCUUGGUAGCCGCUAUGGGUCAUGAUGUUGGACAUCCUGGUUUGAGUAAUGCUUUCAUGAAAAACGCCAACGUACCUUUAUCCCAAGUUUACGAGGAUAAAUCCGUGCUGGAAAACAUGCACUGCAUGCUUAUUGUCCAAUUAUUGCGAAAACACGGCUUUGGGUUCCUCAUUGAAGGCUCAAAACCUCAAUCAUCUCAUCAUCUCGAUCAAAAAGGAUUCCGAAGGGUGUUGUAUUCUUCAGUUUUGGCAACUGAUAUGAGUCUACAUUUCGCCUGGAUUCAACGUCUCAAAGAUUUCGAUGAAACUCUGAGAGAAGGUGAAGUUGGUGAGGAUGAAUACGAUCGAGUUAUGAUAUGUCAAGCUUUGAUGAAAUGUGCCGACAUCAGCAAUCCUACUCGACCUAUCGAUGUUUCUCAAUAUUGGUCAUCUGUUUUACUUGAAGAAUGGGCAAAACAGGCAUCAUUAGAAUCAGAUCUUGAUUUACCUGUCUCGGUGGUCGCAUCUGCAGACGCAGCAUUACAAGCCAGAGGACAAAUUGGAUUCAUCGAUUUAUUCACUUUACCUUUAUUCGAAGCUGUAUCAGAAGCAUUACCUGAAUUACAGGUUUACGCAGAUAGUUGUGCGGAUAACAGAGAUGUUUGGCAAAGAAGACUUGAUCAAUUGAAUUCUACGACUGAAGAAAACGGAAUUGCCGGUUCGAACGUUGGAGGUAGAUCAAAAGAAAUGAUUCAACCUAUAGUUGAAGGUGCAUCACAUGAUGAGAGGUUUAAAACACUUUUCCCAUUACUAUUACCUACUUCUUUGAUAUCUGGAAUGGAGAGUGAUUCAACGAAUGAAGAUCAAGAUCAAGAUCAAGGAAUUGAUUCACAACCUACUACACCACCAACGCCGAAUACACUAAACAUCGACACCAAUUCCAACUCCAACUCCAAUUCCAAUAUGCACACAAGUACAAACAGUAAUUCAACUGCGCAACAACAAUCGCCAGCUGCUAAGGCGAUUAGAUCAGUGUAUAAAGCGAAAUUAGGUGAUUCAGGUUCAAAAGGUAGAUCAACGUCGUCUUCUUGGGCUAGAAGUUUAGCAGAAUGGAAUGAAGGUAGAAGAAUGUCAACUCCUGAAGUUGUAGUUUCACAUGGAGAUUUUCAUUGA